UGAAACGAUAAAAGUUCGAAUAGUCGAGGGAUCCGGUAAAAAUGAAGCUCAUCGGUGCAAUAUUGCCACUGUUAGUGGUUGCAGUAGCAGCGAAUAGAAUAGGAAGAAUAGAACACAGGCGCAUAGAAAAUGGUAAUAAGGAUGACAGUUUAGAAUUUAUAGACAUCGAUGAUGGUGAAGAGAGGAUUAAAAUGGAGGUAAAGGGCUUCAAAGACUUCGUUAAAGCACACAAACAUGGCUUCACGCUGGAAGAAAAUCACGGCCAAUGGCAAAUAGAAGAUGGAACCGAAGCGGAAGCAAUGUCCAAUUCUCGCUCGGAAAGCAAUAGUGCAUCAGAUGCAAACGGUUUGUCUACAUCCAGGGCUGAUUCGAAUGCCAAAUCGAGAUCCAGCGCUGGUAGUUCUUCCGGUAGCCGAUCUGGAUCGAACUCUUACGGAAAUUCAGGAUCAAACAGUGCAUCUGACUCGUCCUCAAACACUGGUAGUUCUUCCGGAAGCCUAUCCGGUUCAGACUCUUUUGCCAAUUCAGGAUCAAACGCCGCUUCCGACUCGUCCUCAAACACUGGUAGUUCUUCUGGAAGCCAAUCUGGAUCCGACUCUUACGCUAAUUCAGGAUCAAACAGUGCAUCUGACUCAUCCUCGAACACUGGAAGUUCAUCCGGAAGCCAAUCUGGAUCCGACUCUUUCGCAAAUUCAGGAUCAAACAGUGCAUCUGACUCAUCCUCCAUCUCUGGUAGUUCAUCCGGAAGCCAAUCCGGAUCGAACUCUUACGGAAAUUCGGGAUCAAACAGUGCAUCUGACUCGUCCUCAAACACUGGUAGUUCUUCCGGAAGCCAAUCUGGAUCAGACUCGUACGCAAAUUCAGGAUCAAACAGUGCAUCUGACUCAUCCUCCAUCUCUGGUAGUUCUUCCGGAAGCCAAUCUGGAUCGAACUCUUACGGAAAUUCAGGAUCAAACAGUGCAUCUGACUCGUCCUCAAACUCUGGUAGUUCUGCUGGAAGCCAAUCAGGAUCCGACUCUUACGCAAAUUCAGGAUCAAACAGUGCAUCCGACUCGUCCUCGAACUCUGGUAGUUCUGCUGGAAGCCAAUCAGGAUCCGACUCUUACGCAAAUUCAGGAUCAAACAGUGCAUCCGACUCGUCCUCAAACUCUGGUAGUUCUGCUGGAAGCCAAUCAGGAUCCGACUCUUACGCAAAUUCAGGAUCAAACAGUGCAUCUGACUCGUCCUCAAACACUGGUAGUUCAUCCGGAAGCCAAUCAGGAUCCGACGCUUACGCAAAUUCAGGAUCAAACAGUGCAUCUGACUCGUCCUCAAACACUGGUAGUUCAUCUGGAAGCCAAUCUGGAUCGAACUCUUACGGAAAUUCAGGAUCAAACAGUGCAUCUGACUCAUCCUCCAUCUCUGGUAGUUCUUCCGGAAGCCAAUCUGGAUCGAACUCUUACGGAAAUUCAGGAUCAAACAGUGCAUCUGACUCGUCCUCCAUCUCUGGUAGUUCUUCUGGAAGCCAAUCCGGAUCCGACUCUUACGCAAAUUCAGGAUCAAACAGUGCAUCUGACUCGUCCUCAAACACUGGUAGUUCUUCCGGAAGCCAAUCAGGAUCCGACUCUUACGCAAAUUCAGGAUCAAACAGUGCAUCCGACUCGUCCUCAAACACUGGUAGUUCAUCUGGGAGCCAGUCAGGAUCGAACUCUUACGGAAAUUCAGGGUCAAACAGUGCAUCUGACUCAUCCUCCAUCUCUGGUAGUUCUUCCGGAAGCCAAUCCGGAUCGAACUCUUACGGAAAUUCAGGAUCAAACAGUGCAUCUGACUCAUCCUCAAACUCUGGUAGUUCUUCCGGAAGCCAAUCUGGAUCCGACUCUUACGCAAAUUCAGGAUCAAACAGUGCAUCUGACUCAUCCUCGAACACUGGUAGUUCAUCCGGAAGCCAAUCUGGAUCAGACUCUUACGCAAAUUCAGGAUCAAACAGUGCAUCCGACUCGUCCUCAAACACUGGUAGUUCAUCCGGAAGCCAAUCAGGAUCCGACUCUUACGCAAAUUCAGGAUCAAACAGUGCAUCUGACUCGUCCUCAAACACUGGAAGUUCUUCUGGAAGCCAAUCUGGAUCGGACUCUUACGGAAAUUCAGUAUCAAACAGUGCAUCUGACUCAUCCUCCAUCUCUGGUAGUUCUUCCGGAAGCCAAUCCGGAUCGAACUCUUACGGAAAUUCAGGAUCAAACAGUGCAUCCGACUCAUCCUCAAACACUGGUAGUUCAUCCGGAAGCCAAUCUGGAUCAGACUCUUACGCAAAUUCAGGAUCAAACAGUGCAUCUGACUCAUCCUCCAUCUCUGGUAGUUCUUCCGGGAGCCAAUCCGGAUCGAACUCUUACGGAAGUUCUGGAUCAAACAGUGCAUCUGACUCGUCUUCCAUCUCCGGUAGUUCUUCCGGAAGCCAAUCUGGAUCCGACUCUUACGCAAAUUCAGGAUCAAACAGUGCAUCCGACUCAUCCUCGAACACUGGUAGUUCAUCCGGAAGCCAAUCUGGAUCAGACUCUUACGCAAAUUCAGGAUCACACGGUGCAUCUGACUCAUCCUCAAACACUGGUAGUUCAUCCGGAAGCCAAUCAGGAUCCGACUCUUACGCAAAUUCAGGAUCAAACAGUGCAUCUGACUCGUCCUCAAACACUGGUAGUUCAUCUGGAAGCCAAUCUGGAUCCGACUCUUACGCAAAUUCAGGAUCAAACAGUGCAUCCGACUCAUCGUCGAACACUGGUAGUUUAUCCGGAAGCCAAUCUGGAUCGAACUCUUACGGAAAUUCAGGAUCAAACAGUGCAUCUGACUCAUCCUCCAUCUCUGGUAGUUCUUCCGGAAGCCAAUCCGGAUCGAACUCUUACGGAAAUUCAGGAUCAAACAGUGCAUCUGACUCGUCCUCCAUCUCUGGUAGUUCUUCCGGAAGCCAAUCUGGAUCCGACUCUUACGCAAAUUCAGGAUCAAACAGUGCAUCCGACUCAUCCUCAAACACUGGUAGUUCAUCCGGAAGCCAAUCCGGAUCAGACUCUUACGCAAAUUCAGGAUCAAACAGUGCAUCCGACUCAUCCUCGAACACUGGUAGUUCAUCCGGAAGCCAAUCUGGAUCAGACUCUUACGCAAAUUCAGGAUCAAACAGUGCAUCUGACUCAUCCUCAAACACUGGUAGUUCAUCCGGAAGCCAAUCAGGAUCCGACUCUUACGCAAAUUCAGGAUCAAACAGUGCAUCUGACUCGUCCUCAAACACUGGAAGUUCGUCUGGAAGCCAAUCUGGAUCGAACUCUUACGGAAAUUCAGUAUCAAACAGUGCAUCUGACUCAUCCUCCAUUUCUGGUAGUUCUUCCGGAAGCCAAUCCGGAUCGAACUCUUACGGAAAUUCAGGAUCAAACAGUGCAUCUGACUCAUCCUCAAACACUGGUAGUUCAUCCGGAAGCCAAUCAGGAUCCGACGCUUACGCAAAUUCAGGAUCAAACAGUGCAUCUGACUCGUCCUCAAACACUGGUAGUUCAUCUGGAAGCCAAUCUGGAUCGAACUCUUACGGAAAUUCAGGAUCAAACAGUGCAUCUGACUCAUCCUCCAUCUCUGGUAGUUCUUCCGGAAGCCAAUCUGGAUCCGACUCUUACGCAAAUUCAGGAUCAAACAGUGCAUCCGACUCAUCCUCAAACACUGGUAGUUCAUCCGGAAGCCAAUCCGGAUCAGACUCUCACUCAAAUUCAGGAUCAAACAGUGCAUCUGACUCAUCCUCAAACACUGGUAGUUCAUCCGGAAGCCAAUCAGGAUCCGACGCUUACGCAAGUUCAGGAUCAAACAGUGCAUCUGACUCGUCCUCAAACACUGGUAGUUCAUCUGGAAGCCAAUCUGGAUCGAACUCUUACGGAAAUUCAGGAUCAAACAGUGCAUCUGACUCAUCCUCAAUCUCUGGUAGUUCUUCCGGAAGCCAAUCCGGAUCGAACUCUUACGGAAAUUCAGGAUCAAACAGUGCAUCUGACUCGUCCUCCAUCUCCGGUAGUUCUUCCGGAAGCCAAUCUGGAUCCGACUCUUACGCAAAUUCAGGAUCCAACAGUGCAUCCGACUCAUCCUCGAACACUGGUAGUUCAUCCGGAAGCCAAUCUGGAUCAGACUCUUACGCAAAUUCAGGAUCAAACAGUGCAUCUGACUCAUCCUCAAACACUGGUAGUUCAUCCGGAAGCCAAUCUGGAUCAGACUCUUACGCAAAUUCAGGAUCACACAGUGCAUCUGACUCAUCCUCAAACUCUGGUAGUUCAUCCGGGAGCCAAUCAGGAUCCGACUCUUACGCAAAUUCAGGAUCAAACAGUGCAUCUGACUCAUCCUCCAUCUCUGGUAGUUCCUCCGGAAGCCAAUCCGGAUCGAACUCUUACGGAAAUUCAGGAUCAAACAGUGCAUCUGACUCGUCCUCCAUCUCUGGUAGUUCUUCCGGAAGCCAAUCUGGAUCCGACUCUUACGCAAAUUCAGGAUCAAACAGUGCAUCCGACUCAUCCUCAAACACUGGUAGUUCAUCCGGAAGCCAAUCAGGAUCAGACUCUUACGCAAAUUCAGGAUCAAACAGUGCAUCUGACUCAUCCUCAAACACUGGUAGUUCAUCCGGAAGCCAAUCAGGAUCCGACGCUUACGCAAGUUCGGGAUCAAACAGUGCAUCUGACUCGUCCUCAAACACUGGUAGUUCAUCCGGAAGCCAAUCUGGAUCCGACUCUUACGGAAAUUCAGGAUCAAACAGUGCAUCUGACUCAUCCUCCAUCUCUGGUAGUUCUUCCGGGAGCCAAUCCGGAUCGAACUCUUACGGAAGUUCUGGAUCAAACAGUGCAUCUGACUCGUCUUCCAUCUCCGGUAGUUCUUCCGGAAGCCAAUCUGGAUCCGACUCUUACGCAAAUUCAGGAUCAAACAGUGCAUCUGACUCAUCCUCAAACACUGGUAGUUCAUCCGGAAGCCAAUCAGGAUCCGACUCUUACGCAAAUUCAGGAUCAAACAGUGCAUCUGACUCGUCCUCAAACACUGGUAGUUCAUCCGGAAGCCAAUCUGGAUCAGACUCUUACGCAAAUUCAGGAUCACACAGUGCAUCUGACUCAUCCUCAAACACUGGUAGUUCAUCCGGGAGCCAAUCAGGAUCCGACUCUUACGCAAAUUCAGGAUCAAACAGUGCAUCUGACUCAUCCUCCAUCUCUGGUAGUUCCUCCGGAAGCCAAUCCGGAUCGAACUCUUACGGAAAUUCAGGAUCAAACAGUGCAUCUGACUCGUCCUCCAUCUCUGGUAGUUCUUCCGGAAGCCAAUCUGGAUCCGACUCUUACGCAAAUUCAGGAUCAAACAGUGCAUCCGACUCAUCCUCAAACACUGGUAGUUCAUCCGGAAGCCAAUCAGGAUCAGACUCUUACGCAAAUUCAGGAUCAAACAGUGCAUCUGACUCAUCCUCAAACACUGGUAGUUCAUCCGGAAGCCAAUCAGGAUCCGACUCUUACGCAAAUUCAGGAUCAAACAGUGCAUCCGACUCAUCCUCAAACACUGGUAGUUCAUCCGGAAGCCAAUCAGGAUCAGACUCUUACGCAAAUUCAGGAUCAAACAGUGCAUCUGACUCAUCCUCAAACACUGGUAGUUCAUCCGGAAGCCAAUCAGGAUCCGACGCUUACGCAAGUUCGGGAUCAAACAGUGCAUCAGACUCGUCCUCCAUCUCUGGUAGUUCUUCCGGGAGCCAAUCCGGAUCGAACUCUUACGGAAGUUCUGGAUCAAACAGUGCAUCUGACUCGUCUUCCAUCUCCGGUAGUUCUUCCGGAAGCCAAUCUGAAUCCGACUCUUACGCAAAUUCAGGAUCAAACAGUGCAUCCGACUCAUCCUCAAACACUGGUAGUUCAUCCGGAAGCCAAUCAGGAUCCGACUCUUACGCAAAUUCAGGAUCAAACAGUGCAUCUGACUCGUCCUCAAACACUGGUAGUUCAUCCGGAAGCCAAUCUGGAUCAGACUCUUACGCAAAUUCAGGAUCACACAGUGCAUCUGACUCAUCCUCAAACACUGGUAGUUCAUCCGGAAGCCAAUCAGGAUCCGACGCUUACGCAAAUUCAGGAUCAAACAGUGCAUCUGACUCAUCCUCCAUCUCUGGUAGUUCUUCCGGAAGCCAAUCCGGAUCGAACUCUUACGGAAAUUCAGGAUCAAACAGUGCAUCUGACUCAUCCUCAAACACUGGUAGUUCAUCCGGAAGCCAAUCAGGAUCCGACGCUUACGCAAAUUCAGGAUCAAACAGUGCAUCUGACUCGUCCUCAAACACUGGUAGUUCAUCUGGAAGCCAAUCUGGAUCGAACUCUUACGGAAAUUCAGGAUCAAACAGUGCAUCUGACUCGUCCUCCAUCUCUGGUAGUUCUUCCGGAAGCCAAUCUGGAUCCGACUCUUACGCAAAUUCAGGAUCAAACAGUGCAUCUGACUCAUCCUCAAACACUGGUAGUUCAUCCGGAAGCCAAUCCGGAUCAGACUCUUACGCAAAUUCAGGAUCAAACAGUGCAUCUGACUCAUCCUCAAACACUGGUAGUUCAUCCGGAAGUCAAUCAGGAUCCGACGCUUACGCAAAUUCAGGAUCAAACAGUGCAUCUGACUCGUCCUCAAACACUGGUAGUUCAUCUGGAAGCCAAUCAGGAUCUGACGCUUACGCAAAUUCAGGAUCAAACAGUGCAUCUGACUCGUCCUCAAACACUGGUAGUUCUUCCGGAAGCCAAUCCGGAUCGAACUCUUACGGAAAUUCAGGAUCAAACAGUGCAUCUGACUCGUCCUCCAUCUCUGGUAGUUCUUCCGGAAGCCAAUCUGGAUCCGACUCUUACGCAAAUUCAGGAUCAAACAGUGCAUCUGACUCAUCCUCAAACACUGGUAGUUCAUCCGGAAGCCAAUCAGGAUCCGACGCUUACGCAAAUUCAGGAUCAAACAGUGCAUCUGACUCAUUCUCAAACACUGGUAGUUCAUCCGGAAGCCAAUCAGGAUCCGACGCUUACGCAAAUUCAGGAUCAAACAGUGCAUCUGACUCGUCCUCAAACACUGGUAGUUCAUCUGGAAGCCAAUCUGGAUCGAACUCUUACGGAAAUUCAGGAUCAAACAGUGCAUCUGACUCGUCCUCCAUCUCUGGUAGUUCUUCCGGAAGCCAAUCUGGAUCCGACUCUUACGCAAAUUCAGGAUCAAACAGUGCAUCCGACUCAUCCUCAAACACUGGUAGUUCAUCCGGAAGCCAAUCCGGAUCAGACUCUUACGCAAAUUCAGGAUCAAACAGUGCAUCUGACUCGUCCUCAAACACUGGUAGUUCAUCCGGAAGCCAAUCAGGAUCCGACGCUUACGCAAAUUCAGGAUCAAACAGUGCAUCUGUCUCGUCCUCAAACACUGGUAGUUCAUCUGGAAGCCAAUCAGGAUCCGACGCUUACGCAAAUUCAGGAUCAAACAGUGCAUCUGACUCGUCCUCAAACACUGGUAGUUCUUCCGGAAGCCAAUCCGGAUCGAACUCUUACGGAAAUUCAGGAUCAAACAGUGCAUCUGACUCGUCCUCCAUCUCUGGUAGUUCUUCCGGAAGCCAAUCUGGAUCCGACUCUUACGCAAAUUCAGGAUCAAACAGUGCAUCUGACUCAUCCUCAAACACUGGUAGUUCAUCCGGAAGCCAAUCAGGAUCCGACGCUUACGCAAAUUCAGGAUCAAACAGUGCAUCUGACUCGUCCUCAAACACUGGUAGUUCAUCUGGAAGCCAAUCUGGAUCGAACUCUUACGGAAAUUCAGGAUCAAACAGUGCAUCUGACUCAUCCUCCAUCUCUGGUAGUUCUUCCGGAAGCCAAUCCGGAUCGAACUCUUACGGAAAUUCAGGAUCAAACAGUGCAUCUGACUCGUCCUCCAUCUCUGGUAGUUCUUCCGGAAGCCAAUCUGGAUCCGACUCUUACGCAAAUUCAGGAUCAAACAGUGCAUCUGACUCAUCCUCAAACACUGGUAGUUCAUCCGGAAGCCAAUCAGGAUCCGACGCUUACGCAAAUUCAGGAUCAAACAGUGCAUCUGACUCGUCCUCACAUACUGGUAGUUCUUCUGGAAGCCAAUCUGGUUCGAACUCUUACGGAAAUUCAGGAUCAAACAGUGCAUCCGACUCGUCCUCAAACACUGGUAGUUCUUCUGGAAGCCAAUCUGGAUCAGACUCAUACGCCAAUUCGGGUUCAAACAGUGCAUCCGACUCGUCUUCAAACACUGGUAGUUCUUCUGGAAGCCAAUCUGGAUCUGACUCUUACGCAAAUUCAGGAUCAAACAGUGCAUCCGACUCGUCUUCAAACACUGGUAGUUCUUCUGGAAGCCAAUCUGGAUCCGACUCUUACGCAAAUUCAGGAUCAACCAGUGCAUCCGACUCAUCCUCAAACACUGGUAGUUCAUCCGGAAGCCAAUCUGGAUCCGACUCUUACGCAAAUUCAGGAUCAAACAGUGCAUCUGACUCAUCCUCAAACACUGGUAGUUCAUCCGGAAGCCAAUCUGGAUCCGACUCUUACGCAAAUUCAGGAUCAAACAGUGCAUCUGACUCAUCUUCAAACACUGCUAGUUCAUCCGGAAGCCAAUCUGGAUCCGACUCUUACGCAAAUUCAGGAUCAAACAGUGCAUCUGACUCGUCCUCAAACACUGGUAGUUCAUCUGGAAGCCAAUCUGGAUCGAACUCUUACGGAAAUUCAGGAUCAAACAGUGCAUCUGACUCAUCCUCCAUCUCUGGUAGUUCUUCCGGAAGCCAAUCAGGAUCCGACUCUUACGCAAAUUCAGGAUCAAACAGUGCAUCUGACUCAUCCUCAAACACUGGUAGUUCAUCCGGAAGCCAAUCAGGAUCCGACUCUUACGCCAAUUCAGGAUCAAACAGUGCAUCUGACUCAUCUUCAAACACUGGUAGUUCAUCCGGAAGCCAAUCUGGAUCCGACUCUUACGCAAAUUCAGGAUCAAACAGUGCAUCUGACUCAUCGUCAAACACUGGUAGUUCAUCCGGAAGCCAAUCAGGAUCCGACUCUUACGCCAAUUCAGGAUCAAACAGUGCAUCUGACUCAUCUUCAAACACUGGUAGUUCAUCCGGAAGCCAAUCUGGAUCCGACUCUUACGCAAAUUCAGGAUCAAACAGUGCAUCUGACUCAUCCUCAAACACUGGUAGUUCAUCCAGAAGCCAAUCAGGAUCCGACUCUUACGCCAAUUCAGGAUCAAACAGUGCAUCUGACUCAUCUUCAAACACUGGUAGUUCAUCCGGAAGCCAAUCUGGAUCCGACUCUUACGCAAAUUCAGGAUCAAACAGUGCAUCUGACUCGUCCUCACAUACUGGUAGUUCUUCUGGAAGCCAAUCUGGUUCGAACUCUUACGGAAAUUCAGGAUCAAACAGUGCAUCUGACUCGUCCUCAAACACUGGUAGUUCAUCUGGAAGCCAAUCUGGAUCGAACUCUUACGGAAAUUCAGGAUCAAACAGUGCAUCUGACUCAUCCUCCAUCUCUGGUAGUUCUUCCGGAAGCCAAUCAGGAUCCGACUCUUACGCAAAUUCAGGAUCAAACAGUGCAUCUGACUCAUCCUCAAACACUGGUAGUUCAUCCGGAAGCCAAUCAGGAUCCGACUCUUACGCCAAUUCAGGAUCAAACAGUGCAUCUGACUCAUCUUCAAACACUGGUAGUUCAUCCGGAAGCCAAUCUGGAUCCGACUCUUACGCAAAUUCAGGAUCAAACAGUGCAUCUGACUCAUCCUCAAACACUGGUAGUUCAUCCGGAAGCCAAUCAGGAUCCGACUCUUACGCCAAUUCAGGAUCAAACAGUGCAUCUGACUCAUCUUCAAACACUGGUAGUUCAUCCGGAAGCCAAUCUGGAUCCGACUCUUACGCAAAUUCAGGAUCAAACAGUGCAUCUGACUCGUCCUCACAUACUGGUAGUUCUUCUGGAAGCCAAUCUGGUUCGAACUCUUACGGAAAUUCAGGAUCAAACAGUGCAUCCGACUCGUCCUCAAACACUGGUAGUUCUUCUGGAAGCCAAUCUGGAUCAGACUCUUACGCCAAUUCGGGUUCAAACAGUGCAUCUGACUCGUCCUCAAACACUGGUAGUUCUUCUGGAAGCCAAUCUGGAUCCGACUCUUACGCAAAUUCAGGAUCAAACAGUGCAUCCGACUCAUCCUCAAACACUGGUAGUUCAUCCGGAAGUCAGUCAGGAUCCGACUCUUACGCAAAUUCAGGAUCAAACAGUGCAUCCGACUCGUCCUCAAACACUGGUAGUUCUUCUGGAAGCCAAUCUGGAUCAGACUCAUACGCCAAUUCGGGUUCAAACAGUGCAUCCGACUCGUCUUCAAACACUGGUAGUUCUUCUGGAAGCCAAUCUGGAUCUGACUCUUACGCAAAUUCAGGAUCAAACAGUGCAUCCGACUCGUCUUCAAACACUGGUAGUUCUUCUGGAAGCCAAUCUGGAUCAGACUCAUACGCAAAAUCAGGAUCAAACAGUGCAUCUGACUCAUCCUCAAACACUGGUAGUUCAUCCGGAAGCCAAUCUGGAUCAGACUCAUACGCCAAUUCGGGUUCAAACAGUGCAUCCGACUCGUCUUCAAACACUGGUAGUUCUUCUGGAAGCCAAUCUGGAUCUGACUCUUACGCAAAUUCAGGAUCAAACAGUGCAUCCGACUCCUCCUCAAACAGUGGUAGUUCAUCUGGAAGCCAAUCUGGAUCAGACUCAUACGCCAAUUCGGGUUCAAACAGUGCAUCCGACUCGUCCUCAAACACUGGUAGUUCUUCUGGAUCCCAAUCUGGAUCAGACUCAUACGCAAAUUCAGGAUCAAACAGUGCAUCUGACUCAUCCUCAAACACUGGUAGUUCAUCCGGAAGCCAAUCUGGAUCCGACUCUUACGCAAAUUCAGGAUCAAACAGUGCAUCUGACUCAUCUUCAAACACUGGUAGUUCAUCCGGAAGCCAAUCUGGAUCCGACUCUUACGCAAAUUCAGGAUCAAACAGUGCAUCUGACUCAUCUUCAAACACUGGUAGUUCAUCCGGAAGCCAAUCUGGAUCCGACUCUUACGCAAAUUCAGGAUCAAACAGUGCAUCUGACUCAUCCUCAAACACUGGUAGUUCAUCUGGAAGCCAAUCUGGAUCCGACUCUUACGCAAAUUCAGGAUCAAACAGUGCUUCUGACUCGUUUUCUAACGCUGGUGGUUUCGCCGACUCUGUUUCACGUUCUGAUUCUGAUUCAGCUAGUAACGCAGAUUCUGCUUCACGUUCUGCCAGUCGCUCUCUUGCUGGAUCGGGUUCAAACGCUUAUUCAGGAUCCAAUUCUGCUACAUCAAGCAACUCGUUGUCCAAUUCUGAUGAUUACACCAUGUCCAACUUAGGUGAUUAUUCGAAUAGUUAUUCAGGAGUUUACCCAAAUGCAUAUGUUGGUUCUGAUGUGUAUCGAGGAUUAUAUUCAAAUCGCAAUGUAGAUCAUUAUAGAGCACCCGUCAUUCCUAACCGUAAACUUUAUUCAUCGUUUAGAGGAAGAUAUAAUCAGUUCCGUCCAGGCUUCAAAGAUGUCCGCCGUUAUCCUUGGACUGUGGGUGUCAUGAGGAAUGGUGUCUGUACUUGUGGCCCUUACUACCCUAUUCCUAUGGCUUACUAAAUUUAGUGUAUUUUGAUUAUUGAUUCUCCUUUAUUAAUGCAUCGUUUGACUACGAUUUGUUUGUUUUCAUUGUCUCGAUUUUUUUUCACUCAUACGUUUGUUUUAGAUUGUUUCUUUAUUAUCAAGUUAUGAUUUUUUUUAUCGUUGAUUCAUAGAAAAUCGAUAUUUCAACCGUAAUAUUUCUCAUUAUCGAUUUAUUCUUCCCCCUUUAUACUUUUUUUCACCACGAUUUUAAACUGUGAAUUUUGUUAACUUGGAUUUAAUUUUUUCUGUUACAUUCUUAUUUUUUUUUUAUGAAAUCAAAAGUCUGUUUUUUCUUACUUUUCUGACGUCACUAUUUUUUAACCAUUUUUUUUGUUCUGCUGAUAAAAAUCCCCGGUAAUUUCCAUUUACUUAUCGAAUCUAGUUGUUAACUCUUUCAUUCUUGUCUCCAAUAAAGAAUAUGUUAAGUAACUUGUUUGUCUUCUUGACGUCGUAUUUUUUUCUGAUUUGAGGUUACCACAGAAUCGAUCAUCCGUCAAUUAAUUAUCUGUAAAUUAAUAAAUAUAAUUGCUAUUAA